UUCUAAGUGUAGAGGCGCAAAUGUCAGGGAAGCGAUUAUCGAGAGGGUAACUCAGCUCGACACAACACCUGUAGCUUGACGCUUGUAGCUAGCUCGUAGCUCCGGGGGAAUCAGCGGUAAACCGAACUAAAGGAGCCCGUUAGGACGCCCAGUUUGGGGUUUUGUUUCCGGGGAGCAACUUUUCCCGGUGUUACCUCAACAAGCAGGAGCGCCAUGACGGUCCGCUUCAAGAGUCAGAGUGAGUACCAGAAGAGCUACGGCGUCCCUCGCUCCAGGAGCGUGUCGCCUCAGCGCUGCCGCCCGCUGGCUGGACUCCGCCCUGAUCAGAACCGGAUCAGCAGGCCUCCAGGUCUCCAACGGCUGAAGAGACCCGGUCCACCCGAGUCCAGUAACUUCCUGCCUGGUUCUCCAGCAGAUCCAGUUUGCAGAGCAGCGCCCUCUACUGGCAGGAAAGAUUCUCCAGUUUCUAAACCACCAAAUGUUUCUGGAUCGGAACCAGAACCUGGAUCCAGACCAGCAGCUGAUGGAAAAUCCGUGAAGCUCCGCCCCCCUGAGCCCGGCGGGCCUGCAGAACCCGAGCAGCAGCCGGGAAGCCAGGUCGACAAGCCGUGGGGUCAGAGGUCAGAGUACCACAGGCAGUUUGGCUGGAAGAAGCCUGUAUCUGCAGCGUCGCCGUUACUGACAGCAGAGCAGGUGUUGCACUCCAGCAGCAGGUCCAUCCCGCCCUUUAAGAACAUCCCCGUUCCCAUGGAAACGGAGUACCGCCGGAGCUUCCAGGGUCUGGCCCCGCCGUCCGGCCCGCGCCUUCGGAGAAAUCUGGGACAUCCGGUGUUUCACACAUACAGAACUCACAGAAGGAAAAGUUUGGAUGCACAGAGUAACGAACUUCCUGUCAAACAGGAAACUGCUCAGGGCGACGGUGGGUCCCGGUUGCCCCUGACGACGGCCCCCCCGCCCGCUCAGGUGCGGCGGAGACACAGGAUGUUCACAGAGUAUCAGUCCAGCUUUCGUUCUCCUCUCUGCAGGAACCCAAAAGGGGGCGGAGCCACGGACAACCUCACCGAGCAGGUGAAGGAGAUCAGGCAGCAGGCCCAGGCGUACCGACGCAGAGCCUGGGGAACCAACUUCUCCAGGGACCAUCUGAGCCAGCUGCUGUCCGAACACAACGCGCUGUGGGAGCCCACCGACUCCCACUCCGACCCCUCCACCCCGCCGCCCAACCGUGACCUUUCACCCGAGCCGGAGAGCCGCAGCGCUUCCUGCGUAGAAGCCCUGGACCUGGCCAGUAUGUCCAGCAGGAGGUCGUCAGUCAGUGGAGGAAAAACUCAGAGGAGCGCUGGGAGGGAAACGCCUCCAGGACCCGGAGCUGAACGCCACACAGCCUGGGCAGAAGAAGAAGAGACGGAGGAAGAGGAGGGAAGGUUACCGACUCCCAGACUGAGAACGAGGCCGGUGCAGAGGACCCACCACGACCUGACCACACCUGCCACAGGGGGAGCUAUACUUGUCGGAAAACCGACCAACAGGGAUGAUUCUUCUCCUGUCAAACAAAAACAGAAAUUCGCUUCACCACAGUUUGGGUCAGAGGUCGGGGUCAACAAGCCAGUCAAACUGAAGGAGGCGUGGCCAGAGAACAGCCCUGUGUCUUUAAGCCCCCCUCCUACCAACCAGCAGACGCCCAGCCCUCAGCCUCAACCAAUCAGGACGAAGCAGGCGCCUCCUUCUCCAGUAGCCCCGCCCCCUCUGUGCUCGCCGCCGCCGCCGCAGCAGCAUGGGAUCCAGGGAACGCUGAGACACCCGGACUUCCAGCACAACGGUGAGCUUCAGAUUCCUGUCUGUCUGCAUCUUUCCUUCCACUAAACUUUCUACUGAAAUGCUCUUAUUUAUUUACCAACAAAUCAGAAGUCUUCCUCCUGAGACCCGCUUCCUCUACGGGUUCAUAAACGGUUCUGGAACGUAUUUAGAGAUGAGUUUCAACUUGAAGGUUUUAAUUUGGGUCGUUUUUGUGCAUCAGGUUUCCUGAUGAUGCAACAGCAGAGUCCAAACAAAACGUGAAAUCAGACCAACAUGGGAUUCACAUCAGGCCGUACAAAAGCAAAGAACCGCAACUCCAGACUCACCGGAAACGAUCGCUUUAAUCUGCAUCGCCGAUCAAACUAUAAAAAAUAUUCCAACUUUACUGAGUAAAAACGGCUUUCAUGAAACAUUUCUGGCACUGAAGGCUUCCCAUAAGUAAAAUUUUACACUAAAGUUUUCUGAUUUAAGUAAAAUCCAAAUAAUGAACUUUAUUUUAUUGCACAAAAACACAACGGUGAAUUUGGAAACAAAAAAAAAAUACAAAAAAAUAUUAACUAACUAUAAAUACAUAUGUAGAAGUGUUACUGGUGCAGAUAAUGAAAAACUAAAAUAAAUAUACAAAUAAUAACACUGAAUUAAUGUUUGUUUUAUAGUUAAUAUAAAAUCUAAAACUGAGGAAGGGACUCAUGUAGGUCAUGUUCACUAAAAAGCUCCAGUUGUUUGGGUCACAUUGCUUUAAUUUUUGUCCAGUUUGUCAGUUCAUGCCUUAGAAACGCAUCUUAGUAUUUAAACUUUAAAGAUGUAGAGCUAAAAGGAUGUAAACAAUAUGCUUCCAGGAGUAAACCCAUUGGUUUCUGCUUAAAUUCAGGAAAUUAGAAGAGAAAAAGGAUAAAAAGUUCCUCCUUCCAGUUACAGAGAAUUAAAGAAAGUCGAUGCUCUGCAGCUGAAUCAGCAAGAAAAACCCUUUUUAUUGUCAUGCCGUGCAGCAGAGUGAAACUAAACCCAGACGGACCGAGGGGAGAGUGUUAGAUAACAACGCGGGUUUGUCCCUCUUUACUUCCUUCUCAUCUUUUUUCUCAACGGAUCAGUUUUCAUAUAAAAGAUGGAAGAUUUGACAAGCAGGAGAAAAGAGGUAGGCGGUGAUUGUUGUGGUUCUGAGACUAAUCAGGUUUUUCCCU